AUGAAAAGAUCAGCUUCAAAAGGUGAAGCUAAUGAUGGGGUUAAGGGAAUUAUAGAUUGGGAGCUCAGACCUGGUGGCAUGCUUGUUCAGAAGAGACAACCCCUUGAGUCCUCUUCUAGUCCCAUGAUCAAAAUCAAAGUCUCUCAUGGUUCUUAUCACCACGAGGUCACUGUUCCUGCACAAUCCACUUUUGGGCAUCUAAAAGGGGUGCUUACAUCCGAGACUGGUCUUGAGCCUAAGGAGCAAAGGUUACUUUUUAGAGGGAAAGAGAAGGAGGAUGAGGAAUGCUUGCAUAUGGUGGGGGUGAAAGACAUGUCUAAGGUAAUAUUGCUAGAGGAUCCGGCCAGCAAAGAGAGGAAACUUGAGGAAAUGCAGAAAAGUGAAGAUAUUUUAAAGGCAUUUGAAGCCAUCUCCAGUGUCAGAACAGAAGUUGUCAAGCUAUAUAAAAAGGUGCUUGCUCUGGAGACAGCUGUGAUUGGUGGUACAAAGGUUGAAGACAAAGAAUUUGCUAUCUUGGCAGAAUUGCUAAUGGUUCAAUUGCUUAAACUGGACUCCAUUGCUGCUGAUGGAGAAGCCAAAGUACAGAGAAGAGUUGAGGUUCGUCGUGUACAGAGUUAUGUGGACACAAUUGACAACUUGAAGGCAAGAAACUGUGCUGCAUUUAGCAAUGGUGGUAACAUUAAUGCAGUCCCUGUAAUUUGGGAGGCCUUCGAAUCAGGAGUUGGAAGCUUGAAGUCAAAAGCUCCAUUUCCAACAUCUACUGUGAUUACUCAAAACUGGGAGCACUUUGAAUAA